AGGAAGAGGGAAGAGGCCAUCCUGUACAUAUAUAGAGCCACAGAGCCAAGAACACCAGGUCCUGGCACAUCAUGACCAUCAGGCAGAGCUGGACACGAGACUCCAGCCCUUUGUGGUUCCUGUUCCUGUUCCUGUGUGCCCACAUCGUCUCCCAUUUGGUGAGAGCCACACCUAUACCCCAGGCCGGCACAGCUGCUGCAGUCUCAGCUGGGAUCACAAAAGACCCCUCCUCCUCCCGCCCCUCAGCGCUCCCCGCAACUAAGCAGUGCCCAGCAUUGGAGGUGACCUGGCCAGAAGAUGGACUCUCACUAAAUGGAACGCUGACUCUGUCCUGUACCGCCUGUAGCCGCUUCCACCACUUCAGCAUUCUCUACUGGCUGGGCAAUGGUUCUUUCAUCGAGCACCUCCCAGACCGGCUGCAGGAGAGCGGCACCAGCCGGGAGCACAGGGGUGCCAGCACUCAGCUGAAGAAGGCCUUGGUGCUGGAGGAGCUGAGCCCCGUCUUGCGCAACACCAACUUCUCUUGUGUUUUCACGGAUCCUGAGUACACUGUCCAGCGCCACGUUGUCCUGGCCGAUCUCUUGGCUGGGCUGAGGACACUCACCCCCGACUCAAGAAGCCUCCAGAGGGUUCCCUCUGCCUCACCAUCCUGACAGGUGAACUCGAGCCUGGUUGAAACGCCACCUCUUCAUUUAGGUCUAGGCUGUCAGCUCAGGCCACAGUCUGUCAACUUAAUGCUAUGUAUUUGUAUAGGCAUACCUUGUUUUAUUGUGCUUCACAGAUCAUGCAUUUUUUACAAAUUGCUAACAGCAUUUGUUCACUUCAUGUCAUAUUUUGGUAAUUCUUGAAAUAUUUUAAACUUCUUCAUCAUCAUUUUAUUUGUUAUGAUCUGUGAUCAGUGGUCUUUGAUGUCACAGUUGUGACUGUUUUUGGGGUGCCAUGAAUCAUGCUCAUAUAAGAUGGUAAACUUAAUUGACAAAUG